AUGCUGAGUCAGCACUCGCUCUCUUGUCUUCCAACUAACACAGUACUAAUACUGGUUCAUUGGCUACUGUCUCGCCAAGGCAAUGUUAACUAAUGACUAAGUUGCAUCUUAAACGCACUCCUGCUGAGGAGGCUGAACGGGCUCUCCGCAAGGCUCGAAAAGUUGCAAAGGCGGCAAGGAAGCGGUCACAGGGAGCCGGCGAGCAUGAACAGUCUAGCUCCAAAAAGAAGCACAGAGGAGAAGUCAUCGAUUCUGAUCUUGAUGAAGAGGUUUAUGGCCCUCCCCCACCCCCAUCAUUGUCAUCCGCUCAUAAAGCUGAUUAUGACACCAUUCUUUCUGAGUUGGAAGACGCUCGCUUCAGGGAGAAAAUGUGGGAUGCGUUACGGGAUGAUGAACGGCUAGAUGGUAUAGACGCCAGAUUUAACGACUACGUCCAUGUCCCCGAUAGAUGGCGGACGAAUGCAGCCAGCAGCGGAAGCCCUGAGGAUCAAACGGAUAUGGAUCCACGGUUCAUGGACGAUGACACUUACGCCGAGUGGAUUCGAGCAGGGAUGUGGAGGCGAAAGCACGCGCGCCAAUACGAAGAAGAAGCACGCAUCAAGGCGCAAAAGGCAGCUCGUAGCGCUAGGAAGAAUGAAAUGAAAGCAGAGGCGAUUAGACUCGAAAAGGCUGCGGAAGAGCGAAGAAAACAGAAGAAAAGAGAAAGAGAGAGCCAACGAGAGGAGAAUGCUCGAACAGAGUACGACACAAAGUGGAAGGAUCUCUUGGAUCCCAACGCUCGGCAUACUUCUUCCCUUUCCUUCGCAGACAUACCAUGGCCACUGUUUGUGCCCAUGACGCACUUAGAUAUAGCUCAUUCGGACUCAUCCUCUAUCACAUUGGAACACUUCACGGCGACAGCAAUAUCUGCAUUCCUGAUACCAAUUUCUGCCAUCCCUCAGGACGUUGGUGUUUCUCUUCCCACUCAUGGUUGUGACAAGAAGGAGAGGAAAGAAAAACUACGGGAGACAAUGCUACGGUUUCAUCCAGACAAGUUUGAAGGACGAGUCAUGCGGAAGAUCAUUGAGGCAGACAGAGAUAGAGUAAGGGAGGCUGUAGGUCAGGUGGCUCGGGUUCUCAACACCCUCAUGGAGGAAUAGAUCGAUGGUAUAGUGGUUCGGUUGGUAUCUGUGGUCUAGGACUCACGAAUGUCAGUCUUUUAGCUUA